GAAAAGCUAAAAUUCUGGCCUAGCCGGCUGCUCAAGCUCUUCCGUAUUGAGACCUUUGAUUCUGCGGGCCGAAUAAUGCCUGCCUUUGAACAUGUAAACGGCAGUUUCUUACUGGCCAGCUGAUAGUCGCUCGUUCGUCUUGGUAACACCAUGUAUCGCUCCUAUGAAACGGCUGGCGCGAAUGGUGCAAGCAGCACGACUGAAGAGGAUGACGACUUGUACUCAGGGUAUAACAACGCAAACGAGGACGAGGUGGUUUAUGGGAACUAUGCAGACUUUUCUGGAGAGGGGCCGAAUGGUGCUUUUGAGGAGCUAGUCGUCGGCACAUAUGAUGACCGAGGAUCUCGAGGUAGUUCGCAGGGCAUGGUCCCCCCUGGCAAGGCUGCCCGCACAUCGACCGCCAGCACGCGAGGGGGGGGCAGCCUCAGACCCCUCGCCAGCUCUUCGGGGCGCCCCCCCGGGACAGCGAUGCUGCGCGUCCCCAUGACCGCUAGCAGGCCAAUGACUGGCUCCGACCCAAACGCGCGACCGAUGACGUCGAUGAAAGGGGCGGGAUUCUCGUCGCAACCGCGGCCGAACAGCACGGGGCGGUUCGAUCCGCUGAACCAGGCGGCGAAGGGCCCUGCGCCUGCGCUGCAGAAGAAGAGCGAGGCAAGCCCGGAAGAGCAGUGCCGGGAGAUGGAGAGGAAGGUGAAUCGGCUGCUGGAGGAGAGCGCGGAACUGAGUUUGGCGGGCGACCACGACGGGGCGUUGGAGAAGGCUAAGGAGGCCGGCAAGCGCGAGCGGCUGCUGUGCAAGCAGCGGGAGCAGGCGAACCUAGCGGACCAGAUCAAUGGGGACCUGACGUUUGCGGUGUGCUUCAAUCUGGCGCAUCAAUACCACCAGAACAAGCUGUACUCGGAGGCGCUCGACGCGUACACGCAGGUCGUCAAGAACAAGCAGUUCCCCCAGGCGGGCCGGCUGCGCGUGAACAUGGGCAACAUUUACUGCGAGCAGCGCAAGUACCCGCAGGCGAUCAAGAUGUACCGCAUGGCGCUGGACCAGCUGCCCGCCACGCAGAAGGAGACGCGCUACAAGAUCAUGCGCAACAUCGGCGUCGCCUUCAUGCGCCUCGGCCAGUACCAGGACGCGCUGCAGUCGUUCGAGGCGAUCAUGGACGGGAGCCCCGACUACCAGUCGGGGUUCAACCUGGUGCUGUGUUACUUUGCGCUGGGCGACCGCGAGAAGAUGAAGCGGGCCUUCUCCCGACUGCUCGCCAUCAAAAAGUACGAAGUCGACUCGGACGAAGAGCUGGACGCGGCCGCGGAGGCGGCACUCCCGAGCGACGGCCUCAAGGAAGAGCUCCUCGCGCGCCAGAAGCGCGCGCACCGCGCGCUGCUGACGUCAGCCCAGCUCAUCGCCCCCGUGAUCGGCGACACGCUCGCGGAGGGCUUCCAGUGGGCGACCGACGCGGUGCGCGCGAGCGGGCGGGGCGUGCUCGCGCAAGAACUAGACAUGGCCCGCGCGGUGCAGCACCUGCAGCGGCGCGAUUUCGGCGCGGCCAUCGGCGUACUGAAAGACUUCGAGCGGAAGGAGCCCGCGCUGCGCGCGCGCGCCGCGCUCACGCUGAGCGCGCUCUACUUCUGGGAGGGCGACCUCGCGGCCGCGGACAAGUACGCGGAGAUGGCCGUCAAAGUGGAGCGCUACAACGCGCGCGCGCUCGUCAAUAAGGGGAACUGCCUGUAUGUGAAGGGUGACGUCAGCGGCGCGACGGCGCUGUACCAGGAGGCGCUCGGCGUGGAGGCGGACUGCGUGGAGGCGAUGUACAACCUGGGGCUAGCCCAGAAGCGGUCCGGGCAAUCUCCCGAGAGCCUGGCCACGUUCAAGAAGCUGCACGCUAUGCUGCCGGACAGCCCGGAGGUCAUGUACCAGAUCGCGAGCCUGUACGAGGUCACCGGUCCCCCGAAGCAGGCCAUCAAGUGGCUGGAGAUGCUGCACACCCGAGUGCUGCACGACCCCGGCGUGCUCGCGCGGUUAGGCGCGGUCCACAGCAAGCACGACGACGAGGCCAAGGCGCUGCACUACUUCUCCGAGGCGCACCGAGUCUACCCGGUGGAUAUGGACGUCAUCUCGUGGCUGGGGGCCUUCCACGUGAAGAACGAGGUGUAUGAGAAGGCGAUGCCCUUCUUCGACCUGGCCGCCAAGAUCCAGCCGUCGGAAGUUAAGUGGCAGCUCAUGGUCGCCUCCUGCUAUCGGCGGAUCGGGGCCUACCCGCAAGCGUUGGCGACGUACAAGGAGAUUCACCGCGCGCACCCCGAGAACAUCGAGUGCCUGCGCUACCUGGUCCACAUCUGCACCGACCUGGGCCACAAAGAGGAGAUCCAAGACUACGCGGUCCAGCUCCGAAAAGCCGAGCGCGCGGCCGCGCAGGCGCAGGAGGCGGCGGCGAAGGCGCAAGUCUACGCCGCCGCCGAGGAGCCGGCCGCGAGCGUCCCGGUAAGUAUGGUCGGGAAAGCGGCGCGACCGAGCAGCGGGGCGGCCGCGGUGCGGCAAGAGCGCGUCGGGGAGGAGGCGGCCGCGGUGUUCGCACCGGCCGCGGUACUGCCGCCGCGGCCGGGGACCGCGGGACGGAAGGUGAAGAUGGGCGUGAAAGAGAAGAGCGUGGAGGAUGAGUGGGGGAGUGAGGAGCUAGGAGACGACUUGUUGCCAAUGUAG